AUGGGCUCCCGGGAGAGGGGCGAUGAUUUUCCUUCACUGGGCUUGAUGAAAAAGAAGAGCUCAACACUUGUAUUAUUUGAGCAUCAAACUGGCGUUCCGGGGACGAGGGCUGUAUACGUCAAGAAGGGUGUGGCGUGGCUCACAUUGAAGUUCAUCCAGGUACCAGGAUCCAGCGCAUUGAAGCAAGAUGAAGGAAAGGAACGCCCAUGCGACUACCUCUGA